AUGGAGUAAGAACAGUAAAACAAAUACGUGACCCCCGAUUAAGUAAGGACACUCACAGGUCCAACGGAGAAAUUCCUAUGCUCCCUAAAAGAAAAUAAUUUUGACAUUAGAUUUGGAGCAUUUAGAAUCAGAGAUAUGGUAAGUGGUGCAGUGCUGGUCGAUGUGUAGGAAGAAGAUUUAGAUUUGAACAUCACAGAGGAGAUGGACGACCCAAAGAUUAGACUAGUCAAAUAUCACUUUGGUCCUGACUUCUUUAUGCUCUCAACCAUUGGUCUUAAAGUUGAGUUUAAGGUUGGGGAGAAACCAGUGCCAAACCUCUUGAUGAUUGAAAGACAUUACUUUAGAAACAGAGUUAUCAAGGAGUACGAGUUCAAAUUUGGUUUUUGCAUUCCAAACAGUCAAAAUGAGUUUGAGAUGAUAUAUGAUUUACCUUAAUUGAGCGAUGACGAGAAGUAAGAGAUGAUUGAUAACCCUUGGGAGACUAAGAGUGAUACCUUCUUCUUCGUUGAUAAUUAACUAGUCAUACAUAAUAGAGCUGAAUACAACUAUGCACCCCUUGAAUGA